AUGGCUGAUAUCAAAUUACGACUUCAGAGUUAUGGAACGUUGGUGAUGACAAGCUUGGAGUCCAGAUGUAAUGAGUACAUUUCAAAUAUACUAUAUACUGCCCUUCGUAUCGCAGAAGAUGCCACGAAAAAGAAAUUUAGCAUGAGGCCUAAGUACAAAAUAAUUGGAGAUAAAAGUUGUGGGUGGGUCGAUUAUGCAAUCAAGUCGAAUAAGGUCCUCUUUAGCAUCGAAUUUGUCGAAGAGGCUCUGGUUGAGAACUCUGAAGAAUAUAAAAUAUUGCGUAAAGGAUUACCAGAGGUAUCCGUACCAGCUGUUAAUGUAUUUAAAUUUGUAGUAGACCAGCAAAAUAAUGUUAAUACUAAGUCAACGGAGAAUAAGAUAAUAGAUGAUUGUUUGCUUAAGCAAACACUGAUACCAGAGCUUGAGCAGUGUAAGCCUGAUAGCAAAACAAAUAAUACAGUACCAGAGAGAGAACCAGAUUCAGAAACACUCGUAGCUUCUUUAGAUUCUGCUAUUCCUUUGAAUGAAAAAAAUGGACAGGGUUGUUCUUCUUUUCCUCAAUCAGAGAUUUCGCAAAAUAAGAAGAAUACUCAGUUUUCAGAAAAUUCUAAUAACAGUCUAUUAUCUAAACUAUGUAAUGCUUUUUCUAGCUUCGAAUGUGAUGAGAAG